AUGCUGACGGACCACUUCCAAGAUGUGGCCGUCAUGGCCGACCACUUGAUGCGGUGGUCAGCCAAGAAUCUCAACUCGAACAAUACUGUCGGCAUCUUGAUUCUGCAGGUUGUCCUUGCUGCUGUGGUCAUCGACUACGGUCGUAUGCUCUACCUACGCUUCAAGAUGCCGCCCGGCCCAUUCCCGCUGCCCAUCAUCGCUCUCCAAAAGCACAACUCUCCCGUCAUCACCUUCUGGAUUGGCCGCAGCGCCACCGUCUGGAUCAACGAUGCCUGGUCCGCCUCCGAGAUUCUCGAUAAGCGCGCGGGGCUCUAUUCGUCCCGCCCUCGCAUGGUGGUCUUUGCCGAGCUCGGCGCUGGUCAGGCCAACCUUGUCAACAUGUAUACCUGGACCCAGGAGCAGCGUGACAAAUGGCGUGCCCACCGCAAGCUGAUCCACCACGGUGUCGGCGUGCAGUCCGUCCGAAAGUACCGGUCCUUCCAGAACGACGAGAGCCGCAUCGUUGCCCUGGAUCUCCUCUCCAAACCCGCCGACUACGUCAAGUCCUUUGAGCGCUACGCCACCAGCGUGGUGUCCAUUAUCGGAUUCGGCAGGCGCGUCGCGAGCUGGGAUGACCCCAUUAUCACCGAGGUGAUUGCAACCAUGCACUUGGCUGCCGAUCUCAACGUUCCCGGCAAGAGUUUCCCCAUGCUCAUGGAAACCUUCCCUUGGCUGUCCAAAUUCCCCGACGCCAUUGCGCCCUGGAAGUGUGGCCUCGGCAAGAAGCGUGGCUUCCACUUCUUUUACGCUCUUGCGGAUGAGGCGAAUAAGAAGGCGGGCCAUGAGGGCUCUUUCGUCAAGUACCUCUUUUCCGAGCGAGAGAAAUACCAGCUCAAGGAGGAGGAGAUUUCCAGCUUGACGGGGAAUCUGUUUGGGGCCGGUAGCGACACCAGCAGCAGUACUCUCAUCACCUUUGUUCUUGCCUGCUGCGCCUUCCCCGAGACGCUCAUUCCGGCGUGGGAGGAGCUUGACCGGGUCGUCGGUCCUGACAGAAGCCCAAACUUUGACGACGAGGCCAACCUGCCUUAUAUCCGUGCCUUUGUCAAGGAGGUCUUCCGCUGGCGCUCCGUCGCAAUCAUCGGCGGCCAACCCCAUGCCCCAACCGAGGAUGACUAUUACAACGGCUACCUCAUCCCCAAGGGUACCUGGACGCAGGGCAAUGUGUGGGCCAUUCAUCACAACGAGCGUGAUUUCCCCGAGCCGGACCGCUUCAACCCCAACCGGUUCUUCAAGGAAGACUCAUCCCACAGGCCGUUCCCCACGGACCGCGGGUACAUGACGUUCGGCUGGGGGCGGCGCGUCUGCUCGGGCCAGGUUCUAGCAGAGCAGGGCACCUAUAUCACCAUCGCCAGGCUUUUGUGGGGUUUCAAGAUCGCCAAGAAGACGAGGCCCAACGGAACUGUGGAGGAGGUUGAUAUCAACGCCUACACCAACGGCCUCAACAUGAGACCGGUGCCUUUUGAGUGCGAUAUUACACCUCGGUCGGCUCAGAUCGCGGCUACGAUGAAGCGCGAAGGUGAACAGGCGCUUGCCGACCUCGAUCAGUACAAGGGCGAAUCUGAAUACCGCAUGUCAACAUUUUAUUCCCGAAACGAUAGGGCGAUGAACAAGUACGGCAACGAUGAGGAGGUCACGGCCGAAUAA